CCAUGGCUAGUUGAAGCAUAAAUGAGAGAGAGUGGGAUGACGAAAGCCAAACGGAAGGGCAGCGCUUUGGUCCCAAUUGCCAAACCUGCCAUUGAUCUUUUCCCGAGAUUCCCUCCUACUUUCUUUUUCCCCGAAACACUUUUUGUCCUAAACCUCCAGAACAAUUCGAUCUUCUCCCUCACUUCCGAUUGACUUUAGUCUCUUUGAUCAGACAUGGUGGCUGAUAGCAAGGCUGGUUCCGAUAUCUCUCUGGCCGGUACCUUCGCCGCCAGCGCUUUCGCUGCUUCUUUCGCCGAGAUUUGCACUAUUCCUUUGGACACUGCGAAAGUUAGGCUUCAGCUCCAAAAGAAAGCCGUGGAUGAAGCAGCAUUACCAAAGUACAGGGGUAUGUUGGGCACAGUUGCUACCAUUGCUAGGGAAGAAGGUCUGUCGGCUCUCUGGAAGGGCAUUGUACCGGGAUUACAUCGUCAAUGCCUGUUUGGGGGUAUAAGAAUUGGGCUGUAUGAGCCGGUUAAGACCAUGUAUGUGGGAAAAGACUUCGUUGGAGACGUUCCUUUGUCCAAGAAGAUUCUUGCUGCAUUUACAACUGGUGCUAUUGGAAUAGCAAUUGCAAAUCCAACUGAUCUGGUUAAAGUUAGACUUCAAGCUGAAGGAAAACUACCACCCGAUGUGCCAAGGCGCUAUUCUGGUGCAUUAAAUGCAUAUUCCACAAUCGUGAGACAGGAAGGCGUAGGUGCUCUCUGGACUGGAGUUGGACCCAAUAUAGCACGGAAUGGCAUUAUAAAUGCUGCUGAAUUAGCUAGCUAUGAUCAAAUUAAGCAGACAAUCUUGAAAAUUCCAGGAUUCACAGAUAAUGUUGUCACUCAUCUUCUUUCUGGUCUGGGGGCAGGUUUUGUUGCCGUCUGUGUUGGCUCACCAGUUGAUGUGGUCAAGUCAAGGAUGAUGGGGGAUUCUUCUGCUUACAAAAGCACGCUUGAUUGUUUCAUAAAAACUCUGAAGAAUGAUGGGCCUUUGGCUUUUUAUAAGGGCUUUCUCCCAAAUUUCGCACGGCUUGGAUCUUGGAACGUUAUCAUGUUUCUGACCUUAGAGCAGGCUAAGAAAUUUGUUAGAAAUAUGGAGUCGUCUCGAGCUUAAAGAUGACUGUCAAGCUCAUAGUGAAAAUAGGGCAGAUCGUCGGAGAAUAAUAGAGCCUUUUGUCAUAUUCAUUGUUUUGGCAACUGAGGUGAGGAAUCUCAAGCAAACAUUUAUAAACAGUUCUUAAGAAUUGAGUAUUAAAACGAUCGUCAUUUCUCUUUUCCAAUUUUGGGAACUAUUAGCUAAAGACCUUUUCAUUGAUCGA